AACAUCCUUUAUACCUUUCUUUUCUCAAGGACAUCAGUAAUACUGGUGUGGUUGCUUUAAUGAAAAUUACAGUACAAAAUAACAUUUAAACCUCUCUUUGAUCUAAUCUCUAUAAUUAUUUCCCCAUCGGCUUUGUGUCACACAAGCUUGUUGUCUGUUGACUUUGCCUUAUUACUUGAAGACUUCCAUAUUCUUUCUUGAUAAAACCAAACAUUAAUUUUCAAAAACAGAAAGAAAGGAAAUGGGUAGCAUUGGCGAAGAUGAACUCAUUGAUCAAAUGGUCAGAGACUAUUAUGAACCUGAAUCACCUUCCAUAUCUAAUCUUCCUGCUAUUAUCUCUUCAUCAUCACUACCACCUCUCCCUCAAAGGCCUCAAUCAAUCUUGCAGGAUAUUCUUUUGGAAGCUACUGAUAUGGAGAAACAAGUUCUUGAAAAAGUUCUAAUGUAUGUUAGAAAUAUGGGAGAACCCAAUAGUCUCAAGAAAUGGGUGGUCUUGAGAUUAAAAAUGGAUGGCUACAAAGUUUCUAUUUGCAAAACUUCCUGGCCAUGGGUUUCCUCUGUUGGACGCUCUAAAGUUUCUCAAUUAGUAGGUGAUUAUGAGUACAUAGAAGUGAUGAUCAUGGACAGCAACAGUGGCAAGCCAACAAGGUUGAUAGUGGAAAUGGAUUUUAAGUCACAGUUUGAGUUGGCAAGGCCAACACAAGCCUACAAAGACAUCAUCAACAAUCUUCCUUCAAUUUUUAUUGCCACUGAAGAUAGGCUUAACAAGGUAAUAUCAUUUGUAUGUUCAGCUCUUAAAGAAUCACUUAAAGAAAACGGUAUUUACAUUCCUCCUUGGAGAAAGGCCAAGUACAUGCAAUCUAAAUGGUUUUCCAAGAACUGCAAAAAGGUCUGUGUCUCACCAAACAUAGAAAUGGAUAUGGAGGAAAACUGCAGAGACGAAGGUACUACUAGUAGUAGCAUGACUACAUGCUGUCCUUCCAUAUUUUAGAAGAAGGGGCAUUUAUGCAUUGCAGAGAGAUAAAAGAUAUACUGAUUUUGGCUAAGUUUAUGUCAUUUUUGUUUAGUGGGUAUCGGUGAAAUCUAUAUAUUUCUAAGUUCUUCGAGUUUCUUCAUGAUCAGAACUCAGUUUCUGGUCAAUUUUGUUGAGGAAGACCUAAGUUUUGAUCCUUAUAAUGUAAUCCAUCUUUAUACUAUAUUAGAAUCCUUCCUUCUUUAUCUA